CUUACCAGGUGUCCUGGUAAAGGACUCCUACGAUCCUAUUACUGCCCUCGAUCGUAUGACUCCCCGGAUCAGACGCGAUGUUGUUCUUGGUAUGGUGCUCCUUCUUGCUGCCUUCCAGGAGGUUUGUUUUGCAGUGAGCAGCAGGGCGGCCAUGUCCGUGAUUAUUGCCCAGGUCCAUAUGAUGGCAAGGAUAAUCGAGUGUGUUGUAUCAAAAACGAUAAGGCAAAAUGCUGCCAAGUAUUUCUAAGGUAAAUUCCAAUGAUACUACUCAAGAGUAUACUUAAAUUAUCAUUACUUAGUUGUUAAAUGAGUUACAAAUGGUAGACAAUUGCGACAAAAUUUCGUGUUUCCAUGAACAGAAACGAAAUAUUCGUUCCAAUAUUUCAAAGGUGUCUGUUAGUGAAGAGAUAAGCUGUUAAAUUAUUCUCUUUUUUAUAUUACCAAGUUCCACCAAGAAAGAUACUUACGGCUCAUUCCACACACAGCCCACGAUCCUUUGUUGCGCUCUGACUAAGGGUGACGGCCUGAAACGUCCGAAUCUAUUUAUGAUGACUUUCUUUUGAAGUUAAGUCGGGAAACCGUCUUCUAGAAAAUUAAUUUCGUAAAGGUGGAGGAUAUUUACAUACAGUUCUGUAUCUCGCUUUUCAGGUUUUUAUCCAAUAGAAAAAGAAAAUUGUCUCUCUAACAAAUUUCUAAAAGGCUCUUGGUCAAGUCUAUCUGAUCAGCACAGUUGAUCUCAUUUAGUUGCCAUUUAUGACAGCAAAAAUUGUUUUCACCAUUCUAGUUUUCGUUUCUUUUUCUUUUUAUAGUAAUGAAGCCAAAGCUGGCAUAAUCUCUGCUGUAUCAAUCCUACUUACUCUUGCGAUGGCCAUUUACUUGUGCUGCUGCUGGUCCAAAUGUCCGCUGGCUCAACGCAGAAAGAGGCGGCAAAUGCAAACAGCUGAUACAUCUUACGCUGGGUCACAAUUACAUCUACCACAAUCAUCCCAAGGAGACGACAAGAAUGCCAAUUGACCACUUUAGAAAAUACCAUAACAUACCAUAAUGCUCUUUGUUUUUCACCCCAAAAUUUUGCAUAAGUAUUGUCUUCAGUUUCUCUUGGGAGUUAAAAUGGCUCCAAGAGAAACUGAGCACAAUGCUUAUGCAAAAUUUGGGGGUGACAAACAAAGAGCAUUAUGGUAUGUUAUGGUAUUUUCUGGAGAGAUCAAUUGAAUUUUCCUCCAACAAGAUAUUUUAUGUCAAUUUAAUUUAAGCUACAACUGUCAUUGUCAAGAGCGUAGCCCAAGGCUAAUGUGUAUACUGUAUAAAACUCGUGUAUAGCAACAAGAACAGAAACCCUACUUAGUCACCUACACCAAUCACAAUCUACAGUUUUAAUUUUAUAUUUGUACAUACUUUCAGUUUUAUCUUCAUUUUUCUUUUCGCCCCUGAAGAAGGUUUGUCUUUCAAACCAAAAUAUUGGGCAAACUUGUUUCAAUAGAUUUUUUUUGUUUUAUUACUUGGUUUAAUUUACUCGUUCAUCGCUUGCCGUGAGGAUCAGUUUGCCACUUUGUAUUUUAUACAAGUUGCUAUUGUACUGAUCCAGGUCCACAACUGGAAGAUCCGGCACUAGUCAACGGUUGGUCGCUGUGGACUUGCCAAUAUUUUAUAUUUUGUUAACAGAAACCCUCAUUGAUACUCAAAAAAGUAAGGUAAAAGAGGCAAUCCACACAGUAAUGUCACCAUAGCAGCAUCAAUAGAGACAGUAGACUUAUUGAGAUUUUAGCAACAUGAAAAGCGGAACACUGAGGGAACCAUAAUUUUAUUACACAAACGAUGCCAAUUAAAUAACCGCCAACAAUGCUUCGGAUAUGAAAGAAAAUAUAUGAAAUUUCAUAUAUGGGGCAGAAAGUUCUAGGUAUGUAGUUGUGUAAAUCUCUCUCGGUUGUGUACAUAGUUGUGACAAUCUGUUGCUUGUUCAAUAUUAUGCGAAAAACGAUAAACAAGAAGCCUUCUUAUCAAAGUUUUUUUAUGCGCAACAGGAAAACUAUGACAAGGAAAUAAGCUUUUUAAUUCUACAGUGAGAUUGUACUUGAUGGCUUAUUGGGAGAAACAAAUAGGUCAAACAGUCCAGUUUCCAUGGUGAAAGUAACUUAAGUAUAGUGUUUUAACAAAAGUAGUAGCAUAGUACUGGUUAAGGUAUGCUUAUGCAUAAUGAAUAAAUAUUAUGGGUAAAAAUUCAAGAAUAAUAAGCACUGAGAAUAAAAAAUGUCGUUUCCUGUUACAAGACCAGAUUUUAUUUUGGUGGUUUACUUGUUCUUUUAAGCAAGAACUGACUUUUCGUGAGAUUGUCUCUCUUUUCGAAAUGCAAUGCUAGAGUAGCAAGAGUUUGUUGGGGAAAGUAAAAAAGGCGUUCUAAGAACCCAUCCUUCGACAGAUUCGCUGUAAGGAAAGGCAAUAAUCCAACACUGAGAUAAUCCCGCUCUUGUUGUGACAAGAUCACCAACAGUGUCGAUGAUUCAAGAACAUUUACAGUACUCUGCAUAAAGGGUAAUUGUUUUGCCAGGAUGAACAACUUCAGGAAGAUCGCUAAUGCAUAAAACAAAAAAUAGAGGCCCUGAUAUAGAGCCCUGAGGGACUCCAACUGAGACAUCUGACCAAGAAGAAGACACUUCAUCUAGCACCACUUACUGACGACGAUUACUUAAUUUUCAUACCAAUGUGGUAGUGAGCCAAAAACUCCAAAGUUUCACAGCUUCUACGGUAAAACUAAAUGAUUCAUUCCAUCAAGGGCUUGUAAAAGUCCAAAAAGGCCAUAUCGACUCGUCUUCCUUCGUCAAGAGCAGCUGCCCAUUGAUGAUUGGAAACAAUUGAAUCUGACAAGAUCGACCUUUAACAAAACCAUGUUGCUAUUCAGUUAACUAAGGUGAGAUAUGAUCAUGAUCAGGGGCACCCAACGACAAUUUUCGGAAAAUAUCUGUUCGAAAGACGAUUUGAGAUCUAGAAUUUUCGGAACAUUUGUUGCAAAAUUUCUUGCUUGCCUGCCUCUCCUAGGAUUUUCGAACAUCUAAAAACUACUAUAAUUGCCCAUUUUUAACGGAUUUUUACCAUUAAAAGGUCCCCUAGAAUUUUCGGGAGCCUUUUUUCUGGCUGAAAUUUUCGAAAAGGUAAGAUCAAACAAAACUUACGUAUACAAUGAAGAUGAUAUGAACUGCGGAAAAAAGCAAAAAUCUCUAAACAAUUUCACAUAAAGUCUGCCUCCAAGAAGACCUAGGGUACUACAUUUUAAUUAAUACAGGCAGAAAUCGUGAAGGUGCUGGCCUUGGCUACUCACUUCGCCGCGACAAGGAGGAUCUUAUCAUCAGAGUCGCCCUGUAUGUACCAUCUGAAGGGAAACGAAGCGUUGGCGGGCAGAAACUUUUGUUCUGCAAUACAUCUCAAGGGUCAUUGCGGGAGGCUCCAUAGCACCGAUGGAGCGAGAAAUACGACACGCUCCCGAAGACCGCUACUACUGGAGUCAUCUGGUUGCCGCCUGCCGAAACAAUGCGGAUUGACCCGCAGACGAGCUUACAUAUGAGGAGUAACGGAGUAACACCCCCCCGAGGUUAGGAUAGGACCUGUCAAUCUUUGUCUCAGAUAAAAACAAAACUUGAGCUUGAACUUGAGAUUUUGAGGACCCUCAACCAUCGGCGUGAGAAGUUACUGCGGGUACCAUUCCCGUCACCCUCUAUGCACGCCACUAAUUAGUAGGAUCUGAGCUGGCUUAUUAUUAGUUGUUGCUGUUGUUGUUUGUUGAUGAUAGCUCCUUCGGGUUUUCAAAUAUUUUUACAGCACUUUCUGACGCCAGAGAGCAUGAAAGAUAUGGGAAAGCAUCAUUUUAUCAUAGCCACUGUCUUGCUUUCCCUGGUCUCUGGUAAGUUUUAAUUUUUAAUCAAAUCUUGUUCUAGUUUGAAGACCUUUUAUAAAAAAAACGCAAGGAUACCUUUGAGUUUAUUUUGGCAAAUUCAAAUAACAAGAUCUCUGUGAAUAGUUGAAUAGGAAAAAACUCUCAUAAUAGUCCAUAACUUAUCAUUUCUAAAUAUUUUAAUAACAAAAAAAAGGUUUAAUUGCAAAACUUUGUAUGUAGUGUAAUUUUUUUUGGAGCUCGUUAUUGGGUUUUGUAAGCAUACUGUUCUGACUGUUCGGCUUUGGGCAACAUGGAUUCUUUAAUUUUUUCCCCCAAGUUUUGAUAAGGACUAGUUAAUGAAUAUCCAUCGACACUGCUAGAAAGAGCGCCAUAAUAUUUAUUUAGUAAUAUUGCCAAGUUUGAAAGUGAUACGUCUGAAGGGAACGAAGAUAUAGUCUUCGCAAAGUUUAAAAUUUCUUGACUUUGUGGACCUUCAUUUGUUUUCAACAAAUCACUGUCAGUCAAACUUGGCAGCUUAACUGACUUCAAGACAUUCUUUUCAGCGCUGUCGACGGAUUUCCACUAACUAUCCCAUAACAAAAGUUGAAAAAAGACGAUGGAAAAGCACGUAAAGGUAUAUUAUGAAAGAAGGUCGAAGGUCAGAAGAUAAAACGUGCUUUUUAACAGGCAAAUACGAAAUGUUUUUAAAACAGAUGACAGACUCAUGAUAUUACCAGCGGCUGCUGUGAGAAGGCUUGUCUCUGAUCGGGAUCUGUUCCAAUUCAGCAGAUAUAUACACAGUAUCGCCAAAAUUCUGAAACAAAUAUAGGCAGAGGAUAUUUCAUAUACGGCGAUCCGGUGACGGAAAAAUGAGGUAAUCCGUGGUUUCCUGUAGAGUUAUGAACUUAGACUGUCGUUUUUGCUGACCUGGUGAAAAACUAACGUCCUUUCAAAUGACUUCUGCAAACGGUACUUCGAAUUUAAUUUACUCACCCUACACGGGCUAAACAACAACUGUUUCGUGAACAAAUUCUGUGGGACGUUACAGAUCCCACACACUGUUCGUAAGGAUCCGGGGUAGCUGGGAAGUUGUUACGUCGAAAACUGUAGCAAUGUAGUUAUGACCCGAAAUGUUACAACUUUUGAAACAAAACGUAACUUUACAUCUAACUGUAACAACUUAAGAAUGAACUUAAUGGGAAAAAUGAGAAGAAAUAGUUUUCUCUGAACCCAAUUUGUAUUUUAAUUAAUAAUAUUUACCUCAGAGUGGGCCUCUUGUCAAUUCUAAACGGCUUACGCCCCUAACUACAUUGUAGUUUUACAUUCAAAUUUGCGGCCGAAGAGUGAACCGUAACAUAAUUUUUGAAUUACAAAAAGGUUGGUACAUUUCGUGUUAAAAAGUUGAUGCUUUUUGCGUUAAAAGUUGUUACAUUUUGCGCUUAUGUUACAUUUUGGGUUAACUGUUACAUCGUUCGACAUAAACAGACGUUUAUGAUUGUGAGGGUAUAAAGAGUAUUGACCCAAGUAAGAAAAAUUGGUAUAAUGAAAAGUUAUCCGAAGUGGUAAGAAAAUAAUUUCUCCCUAAACGUGUACAACAUUUAACGGUCCGGACUUUAUAGUUUUCAAGUUACAAAUGUCUGAAUCGUUUACUUAUAGCGAGAGGGAAAUUACCGUCUCAAUAGUUACAGGGCCCUGGAAAGCCGAAAAAAAUUAAAUUGGUUGUCAUGAAUUUCAGUCACAGUCUUAUUAAAAGUACCACGUACCAUUUCCUCUCAGGAGUGCAUAGUCUUACCAGGUGUCAUGCUAAAGGAUUCCUACGAUCCUACUACUGCCCUCGAUCGUAUGACUCCCCGGAUCAGACGCGAUGUUGUUCUUGGUAUGGUGCUCCUUCUUGCUGCCUUCCAGGAGGUUUGUCUUGCAGUGAGCAGCAGGGCGGCCAUGUCCGUAAUUAUUGCCCAGGUCCAUAUGAUGACAAGGAUAAUCGAGUGUGUUGUAUCAUUAACAAUAAGGCAAAGUGCUGCCAAGUACACCUAAGGUAUAGCCGAAGAUUCUUGAUCUUAAUACUAACGAAGAGUAUUCGUAUAGUUAAAUUAUCCUUGCAAUAUAACUCCCUUUUUUGUGUGAUUUGCAAAUAAAUAAUGUUGCUUAGAAUAACAAAUUAAAAGAUUUCGUGUUCGCAGGAAAAAAAGUGUUUUUCUUUAAUCGUGUAUUAAAGACUAAUGUCUUUUUGUCAAUAGACAUUAUUGUUGUUUUACAUGCAUGUCUGUUCGAAUGAGACCUUUAACUGCUGUAAUUAAAAAUCAAAAUCAAAAUCCGAGCUUUUGCCUAUCAAUUAACGGCAUCAUUAGGGAAGAGAAAAUAUUGCGCAUGAAGGAGCCACAUCUUUAAAAAAUUGGUGUUAAGUAAAAUGCGAAAGAAUGAGGAAGGUAUGUAUGAGAGGUAUAAAAUAUAAAUUUAAGCAUCUUAUAUUUUAUUUUUAUUUUCCAAUCAGUAGUUUAAGGCCGCACUCGAACAAUAUUUUACUUUUAAACAUGCUGCUGAAAGAUGAACUGAUCAACAAAGCAUUUAAUUAUAACCUUAAACUUAUAUAACCUCAAACGUUUCGAUUGUUAGGGAAGCUGCUUUUUAUUAAUAAAUAUUCCGUAUAAGGAGACGAGCAUUUCAUAUAUCGCUUUUAAGGAAAUGUAGAAGAAAAGACCAAAAAGAAAAUUUCUCCUUUACACGAUACCGUAAAAUUCCGAAAAUAAGCCACUCCAAAUAUAAGCUCCCCAAAAUCGUAACGCAAAAGACCCUCCGUUAAAUCGCCCCUCCGAAUAUAAUCCCCGCGGGGGCUUGUAAUUAGAGUUUGCCCUCGAAUACAGAAGUAAAACAAAGCAAUAAAUGGUAAAUCUCCUUCCCACUACGAGCUAGUUCAAUCGAUUUCCCUCCGCACAAAAGCCCCUCCGAAUAUAAGCCCCUCAAAAAGGGCCUUUGAAAAAUAUAAGCCCCGGGGUUUAUUUUCGGAAUUUUACGGUACCUUAUUGAAAGGCUUAUUCAGGAGCACCCAACGACUGUUUUCUCUAAAAUAUCUGUUCGGAGACGCAAAUAUUACCUAGAAUUUUCUAUUACUCUGUUACUUAAUUAAGGACGGCUAAAAAUUUCUAGAUUACCAUUCCAUUCAUGGACAAUUUUUGAAGCUUAUCUAAUAAAUUCCCUAGGAUUUUCUCUUUAAGUUUAAUUUUUUACAUUUCACUGCCCAGGUAAGAAUACUUUUCGUACAAAAAAGGAGACCUAAAUUUUCGGAUUCAAAAAUGUGCGGAGAGAGGAAUCAGAAAAAUUUUCACUUUCGCAAUGAUGUCAAAUUGCAUCUGAAAUUUUCGGGAAAAUAAUACUGAAGCCCUUGGUAAUUUGAAAAGACUCAAGUUCCCCUAGGCUGACCGAACAGGUACAAAUUUUAUAGCGCCGCUUCAGUAAGAAUGCAUUUCUAUAGAUCUAAAAGUACUCUGGAUAGGCUAACUGAGUGUUUUCAAUGUAUUUAGGAGAAAACUGUCAUUGGGUGCUCCUGCUUAUUCCCCUUUGGUCUCUCUAGUAACCUACUUAAACACAAUUACGUUCGUUUCUUUUUUAGAACAGAGACUACAGUUGGAUUAAUUGCUGCAGCAAUCCUAUUCUUUGCGAUGGGCAUCUUGCUGUGCUGCUGCUGGUCCAAAUGUCCGCUGGCUCAACGCAAAAAGAGACGUCAAAUGCAAACCUCUGAUGUACCUUACCCUGGAACGCACCCACCAUUAACACAGUCAUCCCAAGGAGACCACAAUUGUGCCAAUUGACAUUUCUUCCAAGGAAAUAUUUUGUUUGUCUUUAGUUAUCUCAGCAGCAGAGAUUGAUUGUAACCGUGUAACUAUUUUAUGACCAGCGAAACGAAAAACAAUCCGCAUGAAUGCACUUAAGCCAAUAUAUAUUUGUCAACUUUUUACUGACUUCCGUUUAGUCAGUAAAAACACAGAAUUCGAACCGAGUCAGCGCUUUAUAGACGUCAUCAUUCCACGAUAUCAUUGUCAAAUGCAAACCACUGAUGUACCUUACCCUGGAAGGCACCUAUCGCUACCACAGUCUUCCCAAGGAGACCACAAUAAUGCCAAUUGACAUUUCUUCCAAGAGGAUAUUUUAUCUCAAUUUAAUUUUUUGAAAUUAAAAGUCAAAACUGUCUCAUAAAGAACUUAGAUUGACGCUAAAAUGUGUAUAAUUUAUUUAUGUAACUAGAAUGUAAAAAGAAGGUUUCUCGUAAGCAAGAGAACGAUAGUGGAAACUUAGAGGAGGUUGUAUUGUUUUCUUGUCAAGUAAAACUUUGCCAAGGACCUGAACUUGCUUGAUAUCCGAUCCUUUCUGGCUGAGACCCUGUCAAACUCUUUGUAUAACGCCAAAACGUUUUAUAGCCAUUAAUUUAGAACUAAUUAUGGAAAAUUUAAUUUGCACUUUUGUUUUCCUGCAUGAAAUAAUUUGUGUAAAUGAUGAAAGCGUUUUCCUUUGCGUUCAGUAGACCUCGCUGUAGUUGUUUAUCUUUCCUUCUGAUACACCCUUCUACAAAUAUUCGUUCCUGAUCAUAGCCUGCUAGCAGACUCACUUUCCGAAAUCAUACACGUGUGCCCCCUAGUUUCAUUACCCUACUUGCUAGCAUUUUCAGUCAAUUUUUCUAUUUUCUAAGGUCUGAUAUUGUUUUAUGGACUAAUCAGCCAGUUUCAGUAGUUUUUAAUAUUUGGAUAGGUUUUGCCUAAUUAGGUAACUAAGUGUUGUUCUCUUCUUUUUUGUUAAGACAAAUAGAAUAUUGAUGGUGAUGUUGGCAAAUGUUCAGCUUGUAUUGUCAUCGUAUAACGUUUUUGCAACACCACUGCGUAUGUUUCCGCUUAAGUUUCAGAAGGUAACAGAACCCUUUUCAGCCUUUUAGUGUCCGCGACAGCGUAGAAAACGAUGUGGUAGUAUAUCGAUCCCCUCUGUAAGUGCCAGUAUCAGAAGCAUAUAACCCGGCCUCUGGUGGUAUGCCAUAAGUUUCUAGCGAAAUGAUGGUCUUCUUAAUCAGCUUUCCUGUUUGUCUUUAGUUUGUCUCAGCAGCAGAAAUAGAUAGUUACCAUGUAAAUAUUUUAUGACCAGCGAAACAAAAAACAAUCCGCAUGAAAGCACUUAAGCCAAUAUAUGUUUGUCAACUUUUUACUGACUUCCGUUUAGUCAGUAAAACAACGGAAUUCGAACCGAGUCACAGCUAUAUAGAAGUCAUCAUUCCACGAUUUCUUUGCUCAGCUUUAUUUACCUCGGGUACCGAGCGCACCAGGACCGUAUAAUGAAAGGUGUUUUCUUCGCAGGCUUUGUUGUAUUUCUCUCUUUGGCCACAGGUAAGCAAAAAGUUCUGUUGAUCAUUAUCGCAAUUUAUCAGGGGCAACCAACGUCAAUUUUCGGAAAAUAUCUGUUCGGAAGACGAUUUGAGAUCUAGAAUUUUCGAAACAUUUGUUGUAAAAUUUCUUGCUUGUCUGCCUCUCCUAGGAUUUUCGAACACUGAUCUAACAACAUGGUAUAAUUGCCCAUUUUUAACGGAUUUUUUCCUAAAAAGGUCACCUAGAAUUUUCGGGAGCCUUUUUUCUGGCUGAAAUUUUCGAAAAGGUAAGUUUUGAUCCCUAUUAUUUUCGUAUCACUAGACUUUCAGCUAGGAAAUCCGAACAGAUGAAAAAUUUUUAGGAGAUAAAAAUGUGCCGAUAUCUACGGUUUAAAUACUAAAAUACGUUUAACAAUGCUAUGUUUAAGUGGUUUUGAACUAUAGUCUCGUUGGGUGCUCCUUAACCUGAGAUCAGGCGUUUUUUUUUAUUAUUUUUUCUUUGUUUGCUUCUUUGCUUCUUUGCCUCGAGGGGAAAAAAAUAACGCCUGAUACAUUUAUUUAACAAGCCGUCAACCGCCUCCUUAUUUACAUAGUCUAACGUCUGCUUGACCUGUCAUGUUAUUAGCCAAUCAGCGUUUACAAGACGGGAAUCAAAUUUUGGCGCGAAUAAUAUAAUGUCUCUUUUGAAAUCAGUUUUAGGGAAAAGAGUUCAGAUGGCGCUUCCUAAAAAAAUUUUUAAAUGUGUUGUUUUUCUGAUGAAAUACUGCUUGCUGGAGUUGCCAUACCUUCAACAGCUACAAAUAAUAAAGAAUUUACUGGCAAAAGCUCGUUGACUUCGUUCUGUGUCGAAAGCAGUGAAAAAAAAUUAGGCCGAAGCACUAUAUUUCACGAACUGAAAAGUGUUGUGAAAGCGACGAUCGCUCAGAAUAAUUCGCAGGCUUCUGAAGGAGGAAUUACAGUCAAACCUGGUCAAGAUUCCAUUCAUGAAUUGAUUAUUUAAAAAGUGAACCCGUUUGUCGCCUCUGUAUCUUGUAGCCGGUAUCAAAUUGCAUUCAAAUGAUCGGUGAAUUUUUGACUGCAACUUUUUAGUAUACGAUGAGAUGGAAAAUAUUUCAAUGGAUGAAAUUUCUAUUUAGGCAUUCUUCAAAUUCAAAAAAACUGAGCCGGCAGAAAUUUCAAAACGAACUCGCGUGUGUAUUCACUGCUCAUUUCGCAAGCAAAAAUGCAGACUGAAAUCCACAACAACUAACGGAUGUCGGCAUUUUGGCCAAUCGGAACAGCGCAAAUCAUCCAUAUUGUUUCCUAUCCAAUCAGAAAAAAGUCCAGAUUCUGGCUUUUUUACAUGUGAUCCGACAAAGAAAUGUAUCAUGCCCUCUUCCCGUGAGAGACAUAAAGGGAUAAUAGGGAGAGGGCAUGAUCUCAGGCUAGGUGCUCCUGAUUUAUAUCAGUUCCAAAUAAGCGAGUUAUGAAAAUUUGGUGUAACAAAUCUACAAAUAGCACUUCGAAACUGGGAAGACCUCAAAGAAAACAAUAACCAGAAAAUGAAGUCCAUAGUAUAGUGUUAACGUUUAGGUCGGUGUGAUAUCCAGUGGAUCGAGGAAAAACCGUUUAGUAUUCUUACAAAUAGCAAGCUGUGAAUCUUUAAUUAAGAGACAAAUGGACUAAACGCUGUGUCAGCCGACAAUUGUUGCAAGAAAAAUGUUACACUAAAACGUUUCAGUGAAAAUUAAGAAGCAGUAGACUCAGCAGUUUCUUCAAAUUCCAAAAACGUUCCUUAUAGCAAUAAAGACUUGUUGAUAUUUAUAAAAUGAAUAAUAAUAAUGAUAAUAAUAAUAAUAAUGAUGAUGAUGAUGAUGUGUUUCCGAUUACUCUUUGGUCAAGACAAUGCCCACUUGAGAUAAGAAGUCAUCAAGUAAAAUAACGGCUUAGUUUUCCUAACUACAGCGAUAUUUUUUCCUUACCAAAACGUGACGGUGCAUUUCUUACCGUUACUAAGGUAAAGGAAAUAUUUCGGCGCAGUUCUAGACAUCAACAGGGAAGUAAUCCAAACGGCUGUAUGUUGAGCACUAGCUAGGUAUAAGUGUUUUAUCCCAGAGGGUAUGGGGAGUUAGUGGGGGAUGGUACUUGGUACCCGUACGUAUUUCCCUGUACCUUGUUCUAGUCGGGAAGAGAAAGAAAACCCGUACCCAAUCCUAAGUGUACGCGAAUAAAGAAAUGUCCCCCUCCCCGCGUCCGCGAAGGACUGGCGGGUAGGUAUAAGGAAGUAAGAGGCAGCGCGGUCAGGAUGGGCCGGCGAUAGCAAAGUUGAGUGGUUAUGGAGCCUGAACAAGUAGCCUGCAUCUCAUACGUUAUUUAACACCAGAGCUUAGUUUCGACUGCGGGGCAGGCUGUGAAGACGCUGUAAUAGGUAUAACUUUAUUUAAAUGACUCAAGGUAAAAAGUGAAUUUAACUUCCUCUGUUCUUGCCCGUCUGGAUUCUGAAUAUUAUCGUGUCCCAUAAAACGCACCACGCAUGAACCACGCCUGUUACCGGACUAGAUAGAUUUGUUUACAGAAAAUCGCUAUCAUUUUUCUAAGCUUGACUGAUGCCAUUUCAACAAAAAAUCGCUGUCAUUUUACAAGGCUUUAUUGAUGCCAUUUCAACAGACAAGUCAAGACGAACAACUUUGUUUUCUUGUUUUCACAGUUACACGUGGCCUUACAAGCUGUGGUACAUACAGCUGCCCUCGGCCCAGUGACCCCGCGGGUCGCACACGAUGUUGUUCUUGGUUCGGCAGUCGCUCUUGCUGUCUACCUGGAGGGUCCACGUGUAGUGACAGUGGAAGAGCGUUGCGUAAUUAUUGUCCUUCCCCAACAGAUGGCAAAAAUGACCGUCUUUGCUGUAUCAUAAACAACCAGCCAAAAUGCUGCGAGCUACUUAUAAGGUAAAAAUUCGCUUUAUGAGAACAUUCUAAAAUAAAAUGAAUUGAUAGAGUAACUUACCUAGGAAUGCACUGAGCGCAGUGCUACUAAAGAUAAAUAUUAAUUGUCACAUUAAAGAUUUUGAGACCUCGGUAAGACGAAGCUUUGUGUUUUAUUCAUUUUAUUCCGUCGACGUCCACCCUGAGGUCAAGGCCACAUUUUAAAUUUCUAAAAUAAUCCUCUGAAGAAAUUUUUAAAACUUCGUGCUCGAAACUUUUCUUUUAAUUCAACUUGUCAAGCUAAAGCAGCCUUAAAUCGUAGCCUUAAGCAAAAAAUGAGUGUUUGAAACUUUUUUGAAAAAAGUUUAUAGAGAAGAACAGUUAACGUUUUAAAAGUGGUUUUUCUUGUGACAAGAGAAGAUAAUGGAUUCAUUCUUUGUGGUCAGCGGAUUCCGAAGCCACCGUAUGCUCUCAAAUUUUCAUUGGCCUUUGAAUUGUUUUUUGGAAUAAGGAGAUAAGAUUGUUUGGAUCAUUCACAGACGGAUUAUUUUACAGUUUAGCACCAUGACAUCCGUUACCCUUUCCUCGGACUCCUUCUAUGAUCACAAAUUUCACAACCUCGUCCCCAGGGCGCUUUUCCCUGGCUUUGGAGGUGCGGCGGGAACCCGCCCCACCUCCAAAGCCAGAGAAAAGCGCCCUGGGGACGAGGUUGCAAAUUUCAUUAACUUUUGUCCUGGUAUUACUCGAUUCUUGCAGACAACUAGAAUGAUCACGAUUCUUAAUUUAAACUUUUUUUUCAGUGUUGAGGCCUUGGUAGGAAUCAUACUCGGAGGAGUUGCGCUACUUGUUGUGAUACUCUUGGUGUGUUGUUGUUGGUCUAAGUGUCCACUUGCUAAGUGGAGGGGUAGAAGAAGAAAUGGGCAAAUGGCUGUUGUGCAUUACCCCAGAGCUGGGAUAGUGCAAACCACUCUUCCACCCUACCCUAGAGCUGGCAUGCAAACCACUACACAUCCCUACCCUGGAGCUGGGAUACAAACCGCUUCACAACCCUACCCUGCAGGAGCUGGCGUACAAACCACCAUUCAACCCUACUCUGGAGCUGGGCCACAAGCAAUUUCUCCACCAUAUCCAGUAACAGGACAAACGCAAAACGCUGGUCCACCAUAUCCUGGAACAGGGGUACAAGUCCAAGAUGGGAAUCAAGUAUACGGCAAAAACUGA